CUUCUCUUCAAAGCAUAUUACUGGCCUUCAAAAUAAUAUCUGAUUUUCUCAUUGUGGUAUAACAAAAAACUCGCAUUGUAGGAGAAUAGGUAUGAUGGAUGAUCAGGAAACACGAGGUAUUCAAAGAUUACUCUGCGGUACGAAGAUAGGCAUCUGCAAACUGAUCACCUUCUUAGUAUGGGUAGUAAAUUUCAUUUUCACCUGUGCGGAUGUUUAUAUAUAUUAUGACAAGCUGAAGGAAUACCUGGAUUGCUGGAAUUGUUUGUUCAGGUCCUACAUGAUUAUCGCUCUAGUCAUAAAUGUCCUUAUGGUUCCGCUGCUAAUCUUGGGCCUUUUCUUCAUAUAUCUGCAUUUUUCCAGGGAAAUACGCAUUUACGCAACAGUACUCUUCGUAGCAACUUGGUUGCAGAUGAUGCUGACUGUUCUGUUUGCACAGAAGUACCAAACUGUAGGAGAUGUACUGCGAAUAUGGAGAAAUCGCAAGAGUUUGGAGUUCUUCGAAAGCCGUUGCCAGUGCUGCGGUGUUUUGGGACCUGACGACUACAAGUUGGGCCUGCUGGUUAUCCCACUGUCCUGUUACAAGGAUCUCAGUGGAAAGGACGAGGAUCUCUAUCAAUCAGGCUGCUCCACGCACUCCAUAAAGCCCUCGUUCCCCAUCAUCCAGGUGAUCUCCUUCCUAGUUCAGUAUGUAUUAGUCAUAUGUCUGAAGGUAUUCCUCGUUAUCCUGAUAAGGAGCGGGACCCAACGCAGAAGCUUGUGGACUGAACGACGCAGCGAAACGCUUGGUAGUUUAAAUCCCUAACUUGAAGAUCCAUUCGGACUUAGAAAGCAAUCCUAAAGAGCCAAAGUUCAAAGAUCUUGAGGACUACUUUCCAACAUCGCAUAGAACUCAAGCAGCCGAUUUUCUUGUAGACUCGACGUUUGAAUGCGGUUUACAAUUCAUGAGAAUGAGUAUUGGCAUGCUGGGCUAGACAAAUUGGAUGCUGCUGGCUCUCGUCAUGUUUCACGGACUGCAAUCAAUAACGAUAAACACUUGAGUGGCAAAUCCAAUGUCCAGAAUCCUCUGUCCAACGACGGCAUGCAUAUGGAUGAGCCAAUAAAGAAAUCAACAAAGCAUGUCGGGCGAUUGAAAAAGUAUUGCAAAUACCCCGGACAGUCGGGGAUUUGGACACGGAAUUGGACUCCAAUCCGGACAAUAUGCAAAUGCAGCUAAGCAGAAAAUAUUCAAGGACGAUCCAGCCAGAACUCCCACCAACAAACGCUCAAGUUUGGAUAUUCAUUUUAUGUCCCUUGUCCCUCGACCCGCGCAUAAAUUUUAUUGUUGUCAACAUUAAAUUCUAGUCGUGAAAAACAA